AUGAAACUUCAGGCCCAAAGUGCACAUCCAGACCAGAAUGUAUCAUCAAAAGCAGAAGCUGUGCUGCCCCGUACCAAAGCCUUGCUGCCCUCCAUGCCAGCAAUGCUGCCCCCCACCAAAGUAUUGCUGCCCCGCACCCCAGCCAUGCUGCCCACUCCCAAAGUAUUGCUGCCCUGGACCUCAGCAAUACUGUCUCCCUCCCCAGUGUUGCUGCCCCCCACCAAAGCAGUGCUAGACCCCCCUCAGCACACCAAGCAGCCUUGCCAGCCUCCACCCAAGUGCAAGGUGCACUGUGUCCCCCAGUGCCAACACAAGUGCCCACGUCCUCCGCAAUGCCAGAAGUCCAAGCAGAAGUCAUCCAUGGCCAUGGAACCUGAGGCCAAGCUCCGUGGAGACCAGAGACCAUGA